CACAUAUAAAUAAACAGUAAAAACCAGUCAAGUUUAAGCAAGAAACCGAUUAAACUUUACUACAGAAUACUUAUACAGUAUACAGCUAUACUACACCAACAAAAACUUGUGUUAUGACGUCAUACUCAUCAACGUCAUAUUUUUCACCACAGUGUAUUUUGCGCGGACAAAACAAAGUAAAAAAAGAGAGCACGCAUUGACACAAUCAUUGGUCAUAAGUACUUUUAUUCAAUGAGAGUUUUUAUAAUGUUUUUUUGUCCAAAAACGGCGCCAAAUUUAUUUUGUUACUAUAUGACGCCACGAUGAAAACACAAAGUAUGUUCAUUAAGAAGAAAUAAAGAAUGAAAGCGCAUCAGUCAUCGCCAGAACUAUAUGCCAAGAAACACGAAAAUGAAAUCAUAGAACAUUGCGACUCUUUAGUUGCGCGUUUUGCAUUAACGUUUUUAAAGAUUCUUUUAUGAUUCAUCUGAAAUCUUCUUUGCGAAAGUGUGCACAUUCAUCGUAUAAUAGAUGUCUGACGGUGAUUAAUGAUUGAAACGGUUUAAAAGAAUUCACUUUCUUAGUUUUACUGUCAGCAAGUAAACAAGUCAUUCAAACUGCAAAGCUAUCCGUCUUCAUCAAAGUACAGCUAGAUGGGUUUACUAUCUGCUGUCGUAUUUAUCUUCUCUUUCGCUCAUAUAGUGUUAGGGCAAGUGCGCACGGUAGAUUAUGGUAAGAAUCAAUUGCUAUUCUACCAAGAGAGGAAAACAUUUGAUCAAGCGCGCCUUGCUUGCCAAAAAGACAACAACGAUCUAGUUAUAGUCAGGGAUGCAAAAUUACAAGCAUUCAUUACACCAUACCUAAAUUCUUCCAUAAACAAGUCUUUGUGGAGAGGGCCAUGGGCAGUAGGUUAUUGGAUUGGAGGAUACAGGCCAGCUGCAUCGACGACGUGGUAUUGGUGGGAUCGUACGAUACUUGCGUCGCAACCGCCUAGUCCAAACGAGUAUAACAAUUGGGUUGGAAUUGAACCAAACGGAAACACAGCAAGUAAAAUGUGUAUUGCAAUGACGCCUUACCCAUCAUUAGAUGGCCACUCUAACAUUAAAGGAGGAUGGGUCGAUGACGUGUGCUACGACCUCAAAUAUUACAUUUGUACGAAAGAUAUUUGUGCGCCAAACCCAUGCUUUAAUGGUGGUACAUGCAUGAAAGGCAUGGGAGAAUAUCAAUGCAACUGCAAACCCGGCUUUAUAGGAAGUAAAUGUGACGUUACUGAUCAAUGUACAACUGCACCCUGUAAUAACGGGGGGACAUGUAGCAUGGUUGGGAAUAACUACACAUGCUCCUGUGUGUUUGGGUUCACUGGCACCAACUGUGAAAAAGAUUCGUGUUCGAGUUCGCCCUGUCAAAACGAUGGAACAUGUACUAAACUUCCAAACCAUUAUAUCUGCUCUUGUUUAGAUGGCUUCGGUGGAUAUAACUGCGACAAAGCAGCACAUCAGAACUUGUUAGAAUUCCCUAGCUGGAUAGCACCCCUGUCCAUGGUGGCCAUAGCGAUUUCGGCAAUUUGUAUACUCUCGAUAAUAUGGAUGGGUAUAAGGAUAAAAAGGUUACAGAGCACAAAGUUGUCACAACUUGAAAUCGAUCCGGGUUUUAUAGAUGAACCAGAAACUAGCAACGAAUCAGAAAAAAAAUCGGAAUAUGUGUGCCCUAUAAAACCAAACGACAACCACCCUGGAAAUCGUACAGAUGAUCAGCAUAUUUAUGAAAUUGCCUACAGACGCGCAGAGCCGUGAUAUAAUGCGCCACUAUAAACCCGAUAGGACUGAAAUAUCCUGCUGGAGAUACGUGUACAACGAGAUGGUGUUAGUGGUUAAUUUCGAUAUAUUUUUGCAGUAUAAUAACCAUUUAAAAAAUACUGAGCGUU